CACCUGAUGGUCGAGUCCAUCAACAACAUCUUUGGCACGACUACGAAUCCACUCAAGCCAGCCCUAAAAACACUACAUUGCAGAAGCGCCAAGAUAAGGCUACAGAGGUAAAAUAUGAUAUAUAAGGCCUUCAACCCGUAUCACUCUGUAUAAAGCAAUAACCCGAUCAAUAUGGAAAACAUGAACCAAAUAACUUACCCAGUACUACGAGAAGAUGCACCGAUAAGAGACUUGAAGCUCUCGAGUGCGCAAUUUACUGGACUACCCGAUGAGGUCGAUUUCGAUGACGACAAUCCAUUCUCUGGCUCUUGUACUACUGCGCGCUAUACUUCUCCUGAUGAAACAUCCUAUACUAUCCUCAUAGAGUGCCAAUUAUCUGCGUUGGAAGGAUCUAAACCCUCAGACGCUGAGCUCCGCCGUCGUAACCAGGUAGUCGCCCUCCUCAGCAAGGCAAGUCAACUUCUCAGGGAUGGAGACACAACCUGCCGCAUUCCCAAGUGCCUAGGCUGGUUCACCUUUAGGGCCCUACACGACGGCACCGAAACCGAAAUUCUUGCCUUCGCAUCCGAGGUACCUCCAUGGGUUGACCCUACAAUACCACCUUUCUCCCUACGAAAGAUCAUGGAACAGGAGUAUUGGAUAGGCAAGAGCAGGCCGUCAUUGAACGCAAGGAUCCGCCUCGCUCGCGCAGUGGCACAGGUGGUUUAUAACCUUCAAUGUGCCCAAUGGCUCCAUCGAUCGUUCGGGGGUCACCAGAUAAUGUUCUUCUAUGACGAGAGCGGAAAUCUACACAUGGACGAGCCCUUCCUACGUGGGCUCUUGCACUCGCUUUUAGAUGAGCAGCCAGUCGAGAACGAUCAUCCAGUGCGGGAUGGAGUCAAUGCUCAAGGGUCCGGGUCGUACUCGGAACCGGUGGUGGAAACGCAUGUAUACAGACACCCGGACCUGUGGACCGCGAACCCGAGGGAAUAUCGACCCUCUGACGACAUUUACAGUCUCGGUGUGGUGUUGUUGGAGAUUGGGAUGUGGAGGAUAGUCGGUCCUGAUGUCAAGCAGAGGGAAGAUGUUCAUCUGCUGAAAGUAGCCAAGCAGACACUUCCGGCCGCUACUGGGGAGACAUACCUGCAGGUUGUGGUUGACUGUCUAGAGGGGAUGCAAAGUGACUCCCGUGCGGAUGCUGGAUCUUCUAACGAGGGUGGUAAUGGGCUUGAAAGGCAAUUACUGUGGAAGGUAUUACGGCCGCUUGAACAGCUCGGGGUGUGAUUAUUCAAUUGCUAUAUCGCAUGGAGCAGUUGCAUUGUCUUAAAUUGACAAUCCACGUGGCCAUCAUGUAUUAUAUCGAACUUUAGUUGUAAACUGAAAGUGCGAUUACCAAGCCACCCCGGACGUACUAA